AGGUUAAGGUAUGAGGCAAACUUGAUAAAUCAUAACGUAGUGUAAAAUACUGCGUUGGUGGUAAGUGUAUUGAGUGAAAUGGGGAUAGCAGAAGUGUGCUCCAGGUUCAUUGGGGACUUUUUACAAACAUUUAAAAGCUCCCCAGAGAGGUCGGUGAGUGAGCAUGCAUGCAAAGGUGAGAGGAUGGUGAAGCUUGAUGAGAAGAUGGUGGGUGCCCUUGUAACAGUUUUUGGCAUGGAAAGCAAUGGAAGGAUAAAGAAGGAGAGUGCAAGGGAAGUUGUGGAGAAGCUUGGUUUGGGUUCGACGACAGGGUUUGAGCUGGGUGAGUUGAUGGAUGAUGAAGUGCCUGUGGAAGAGGUUCUUGGUGAGUUGGAAGACAUGUCAAAGCGCAGUGAGUUGCUGCAUGAAGCUUUCAAAAUCUUUGAUGAAGACGGAGAUGGGUACAUAGAUGCAAUGGAGUUGAAGAGGGUGCUUCAUUGCUUGGGUUUGGAUAAGGGUUGGGAUAUGAAUGCCAUUAAAAACAUGGUCAAGGUUGCAGAUUUGAACUUCGAUGGCAAGGUUGAUUUUGCUGAGUUUGAAUUCAUGAUGAUGGGGUAGCAGUUAAUCACAAAAAAAAAAAAAAAAUCAUUAAUUUUUGGAAUAAUUAUUCAGCACCCAAUUGUAUAUUAAUUAAUUGAUUUAUUUCAGCUUUUGUUUAAUCUAUCUUUCAAUUCUAUAAUACAUUCACUUCUGUUUCUUCUAUUUUACUAUAUAUGCAUACAACAUUAACAUUUUCGUUUGCUUAAUCCCAUGAUGCCA